CGUGUCAGCAAAUGAGAAGAAUGGCACGUACAUUCCGUAUGAUGAAGGCGUCAAACGGGGCAUAUUCAUAUUCGAUAGAGAAAGCAAUGAACCAUUUAAAGAAAAAGUAUGGAAUACAGUAUCUACUACUUGGCCCGACUUCACGAACCCAGAAACAACUUCUUAAUGACCAUAUUAACGGCUGCAAGGCAACUUCCCUUGACAAUCCUCCUUAUUUACCUAAUGUCAAUGGUAAUCUAUUAGCAAGAAAAACCGUUUGCAUGAACGCCAAACAGCAUUUGGGUAAUCAUUAUGAUCUUCACAACGUUUAUGGUACUAGUCAAGCAGUGGUUGUUAAUCAAACAACGUAUGCAGACUCUUGAUAAGGAAUUCAAAGCUCUGGAAGACGAAUGCAGGAAAGUGAUGAGAAGGUCAAGAUCUCUCAAGACUGGAACUAACAAUUCAAAGAGCAAUGUCGAGUUGUUAUU